CUUCAUAUAUAUAUAUAGAACACAUUAUUUGAAUUUUGGUGUUUCACAUAAUUAAAAGGAAAUAUAUCGCUUCAAGAAAUUAAAAGCUUUUGCUUCUGGGAAUUGUUUUCAAAGUUGAACAAGUUAUACUACUUGACUACUACUACUACUACUACAUCUUAUAUAAUUUUAUCGAUGUCAUCGACUGUUUAAAAGAGAUCGACCCAGAUUUAUAUGAUAAUUAAUCAAGUUUAUACGUUAAUUGAUCGAGAAAGAGGUGAUAUAUAGUUUCUUCAAUUCUCCGGCCAACUUUUUAUACUGAACAAAAGAUGCAAGGAAGAUGGAGCAAAAUAUGGUUUGUAAUGAUAUUGCUAUUAGUUUCAAGCCUUUCUCAUAUUCAUGGACAACCAACUACCACUAGUCAACAACCAGAUGAAUCAAGACAGAUAUCAGAUGAUACGGUUAGGCGUGAUCCUUUGGAAAGCCUUAGAAAAUACAGAGGAGGAUACGACAUUACCAACGUUCAUUACUGGAGUUCAACUGCAUACACAGGAAUUGCAGGAUAUGUGCUUGGGGCUCUAUGGCUGUUAUGUGGCGUCGUAUUUGGAAUAUUUCUCGUGGCAACCACUUGUUGUUGCAAAAGAAGCAGAAGACUCAAGAAGAUCAAGAAACCAACAUUCCACGAGCAGUUUUACCUUUGGAAGAUUAUUAUCGCAGGUUUCUUCACACUCCUUGCCAUAGUUGGAACAUCUUUGGUACUUGGAGGGAAUGCCAAGUUCCACUCGAGGGCUGAUAAAAUAAUCGAUAUUAUCAUUGAUACAGCCGAUGGGGCUGCUGAAACGCUACAUAAUACAACAAGAGCAAUGAAGAUGACACAAACCAACUUACAAGGAACAAACGUUGAGGCAAGCACCACGCGUUUCCUUGAAUCCACUUCUAGGCAGUUGAACUUCACAGCUAAUGAUAUACAACGACAAGCUAGAAAAAACCGGCAUAAGAUUGAUCUAGGUCUUCGAAUUCUGUACAUUGUAAGUACUGUCAUUUUCGCGCUGAAUUUGGUUGCCGUUAUUGCUUUAGCAGCUGUUGGGAUCUUUAAGAUAAGACGAGCUAUUCACAUAUUGAUUGUGUUGUGUUGGCUAAUCACUGUUCUAUGUUGGGUGUUCUUCGGGGCGUACUUCUUCUUAUCAAGAUUUGCGGGUGAUACAUGUACAGCACUUAAGGGGUUCGAACAAGAUCCAUACAAUAACAGCUUAAGCUCAAUCCUUCCUUGUGAUCAAUUGCUUUCAACAGAAUCAGUCCUUACUGAUAUUAGUGCCGGUGUUUACAAUCUGGUCAAUCAGGUGAAUGCGAAUAUCUCUAGAAUACAACAAGAUUCAUCGUCUUUUGGAGUAUGCAAUCCAUUCUCUGGACCACCAGAGUACAAUUACCAACCAAACAACUGUUCAGAAAACAAUAUCAAAAUAGGCGACAUUCCUGAGUUAUUGAAGUUGAUCACAUGUGUUGAUCCAGUGGACGGAAUCUGCAAUGGAGGGAUUCCCAUCUCAGGAAAUGACUUCAGGACAGCUGUAGCAUAUACAAGCUCAAUCCAAAUACUUUUAAAUUCCUAUCCAGGAAUGGAAGGCCUCCUUAACUGUCAAACAGUGAAAGAUGCAUUCUCUGAAAUCGUUGAGAACCAUUGCAAACCAGUAAAAAGAGACGUAAAGAUCGUGUGGGCAGGUCUAGUGUUUCUAUCGAUUGUUAUGGUGUUUUUAGUUCUUACAUGGACUUUUCAAGCAUACCAUGAACGCAACCAUCGGUUUUCUGAUGGAUCGGUGAAGCCUCAUCAUGCAGAUGAUAUGAUUGAGUCUGGAAUAGCAAAAGAAUCAGAAAUAGAUAAUGUAAAUAGCAGUCAUUUAUAGAUAAUUUGAAGGUGGGCAUAUAUGCAUCCUUGAGAGCAAUGCUAAUCAAGAGAUGAUUGAGGGUCCUAAAUUUUGCUAUAGCAAAAGCAACAUAUAGAAAAAUGGAAGAAAGAAAGAAGGAUUGCUUAUUUGUUGAUUUGUUUCUUGCUUGUUACCGUAUAACCUAUAGAUAUACAGUAGAUUAUUGAGGCAUAAAUAGGCAUAUAUAUAAAAACAUAUGGGGACAAACCCCUACUGAAGUCAUGUAUUGAGAUGUUCCAAGCAUUUGCAGGAAUUUUGUUCAUAAUGUUAGAUUCUUGAAGAAAUUUCAUUUAGUUAAUUUAAAAUACACCAUUUUAGUAUAUUGUUUUCCA